AUGGCAUCCUCUGAGGUGGACCAGAAAUUCCUGGGCAGGCUCGCUGAGGCUGUGGAACAUGACAAUCCUUUACUUUCAAAUAUGCUCUUCAAGAUCCUUGGUUUAUCUCUAAGCCUGGCUAAGCAGCUUGUCGCAGCAAGAAAGGAGCGCCGCCCAGACACACAGUCAUCCCCGAAUGCUUUGAGGCGCAUCUUGCAUAUUCUGUGGCUCUCGCGCGAAGGCCUCGUGAUGCUCGAUCAAUACGUCGUCCCUAUGGUUGGGAACUACGUCGAGUUGAAAGUCCUUGCAUACAAGCUCCGUGCCAGCUUCAAUUAUAUCUUCGUCCUUUUUCACAACAAUCCUCCGGUCUCAGAUAUGGCGAGCUUGACCCCAGACAUGAUUGCCGCCGCCGCACCAUCAUCAAGGCUAGGAAGAGAAAGGGAUAGGGAUAUGGACACCCUUCCGUCACGGUCGUCAUCUAUUCAACCGACACAUCCCAUGGAAGGUGGCCCUGUUGGCCCACCGCCUGGGUUCGAAGUCAACGUGGCACUGCUACCCCGGUCAGCUCUAUUACCGUGGAAAGAUUAUUUACCCACAGCACAUCAUCACUUCAAAGAAGCUGUCGAGCUCGCGGAGACCCUGCUCUGGGGUUCACACUCUCUUCGACUCUCUGUCAAAACUGAGUAUGCCGCCUUCCUGUACGAUUGUGUUCAUGAUCAAGAGGCUAGCCGACAGUUGGCUAAGGCUAGCAUCGCAGAGGCAUACGAGGCCGAGGAGGGAAUGACGGAUGAUAUGUUCAGUGACACGUGUGAACUUGUCACAGUGUUAGGCAAGAUGAUGAAGCGUGGCCUACCUGCCAGCGGGCCUCCUCGCACCAAAGGCCGUGGUGCCAGCGUGAGUUCUGGGCCGAAAGAGGGCGUCCGAACAGGAAUGGAAAAUCCAAUCUGA